AUGGGCAUAAAUGCUCUGUGGAGCUCUGGUCUCAGGGGGAUUCUUCACCUGCCCUUCAGUAAUUCUUGCUUCUCUAGCCUUUCGAGCUUUAAUGCCCCCUGGGUCGUCUUUACUCCUUCCCCAACCCAGCUGUCCAUCAGUCAAUUUCAAUUCAGGUGGCUUGGGCGGCAGAUUAAUGGGCUCCCUGGGUUUUCCUUCAGCAUUGAUCCCUCCCUUACUGGUCACAGGGGAGGUUGGGCAGGGGUCUUCAUCAAUAUUAUAGAUCUCUGCAUUAACCUCUUCACGAUCUUUCGUGAUCUUCUUGCUUUUAUUGCAGCUAUUGGAUUGGGUGACACUGAUGGCUCCGCAGGCGGCAGCUCUAGAUGA